AAAUCCAUCCAAACAAUCAUCCAAUCUUAGCAUUUUAUACUUCUUUCUCAAUCCCCAAUUCGAAUCAAAUGGCACGUACCAAGCAAACCGCCAGGAAGUCCACCGGAGGAAAGGCUCCAAGGAAGCAGUUGGCCACCAAGGCGGCAAGGAAGUCUGCUCCGGCAACCGGAGGAGUGAAGAAGCCCCACAGAUUCAGGCCAGGAACCGUCGCACUGAGAGAAAUCAGGAAGUACCAGAAAAGCACUGAGCUUUUGAUCAGGAAGCUUCCAUUCCAGAGACUUGUGAGGGAAAUCGCACAGGACUUCAAAACCGAUCUCCGAUUCCAGAGCUCCGCCGUCGCUGCUCUUCAGGAGGCAUCUGAAGCUUACUUGGUUGGACUCUUUGAAGACACCAACCUUUGCGCAAUUCACGCCAAGAGAGUCACAAUCAUGCCUAAGGACAUGCAACUCGCUCGCAGAAUCCGUGGCGAGAGGGCUUAAAUGCAGCAAUUGUGUUUUUCUCGCAUUGGUGUUUCACGUCUCGUGAAAUCGUGGUAGCUCUUUGAUGAUUUUUAGGUUUAUAUGUUUCUCGUAUUUCGGUUAAUGUGUAGUAAUUGAUGUUGGGAAUAUCUAUGUUUAUCAAUCAGAUCUGAAUGAAAAUCAAUGUUUCCGCUUUUCUCCA